GGUGACCGGGCUCACAGCGGCCGCCUGAGGCCGGGCGGGCGGGAUGUUACGGGGUCUGGGCAGCUGGUUUGGCUUGGAACAGGCGUCCGCAGGGGGUGAACCCCCGGCCGGGGGUAGCCUCGAAGAGGCGACCGAGGCAGGGAAUGAGCCCGAGCCGCGGGAAGGAGACGAGGAGCCUCUUCUCCACCAGGCCAAAGGCCUCGGCAAUUACCUAUUUAACUUUGCCACUGCUGCUACAAAAAAGAUAACGGAAUCAGUUGCUGAAACAGCACAAACAAUAAAGAAGUCAGUAGAAGAAGGGAAAAUAGAUGAUAUCAUUGAUAAGGUACAAGCAGCAGUGCCUCCAUGGGUUGACAGUAAUGAAGAAGAAACAAUUCAGCAACAAAUAUUGGCCUUAUCUGCAGACAAAAGAAACUUCCUGCGUGAUCCACCAGUGGGUGUUCAGUUUAAUUUCGACUUUGAUCAAAUGUAUCCUGUUGCUAUGGUAAUGCUUCAAGAAGAUGAACUGCUGAACAGAAUGAGAUUUGACCUUGUUCCUAAACAUGUAAAAGAGGAAGUGUUUUGGAGGAAUUACUUUUAUCGUGUCUCCCUGAUUAAACAGUCUGCACAGCUGACUGCGUUGGCAGCCCAGCAACAAGCCGUAGGAAAGGAGGAGAAGAACAGUGGCAGAGAAGGCGAUUCACAGCUGACAGAGGCAGUACGACCUAAAACACCACCUGUUGGAAUUAAAUCUCAGCUUAAACCUCAAGAGGAUGAGGAAGAGAUAUCAACUAGCCCUGGUGUAUCUGAAUUUGUUAGUGAUGCCUUUGAUGCUUGCAACUUUAAUCAGGAAGACCUAAGAAAGGAGAUGGAACAGUUGGUGCUUGACAAAAAGGAAGGAGAAAUGACUGUAUUGGAAGAAGAAUCUGCAGAUUGGGAAAAAGAACUACAGCAGGAACUUCAGGAAUAUGAAGUGGUGACAGAAUCAGAGAAGCGGGAUGAAAACUGGGACAAAGAAAUUGAAGAAAUGCUUCAGGAAGGAAAUUAACUGUUUCAUGGAAUACAACAUAAUCUUUAAAUGUUCCAUACACUGACAUGAAAUUCUGUUAGUCUGGACUCCCCCAAAUGUGGAGAAACUGAAGAGUAUAUAAUGGCAUAUUGAGGAUCAGUAUGUAGGGAAACAACCAGCAUUAUUUUUUUCUUUAAAAUUAAAUAUAGUUUAUUCCUAAUAAUCACAAGUGUAUGUUUCACAUAACAAUAGCUUAUUUGAAUAUAACUUAGAAAUCCGAUAUGUAGGCUAUGUUGAGGUAAAGGUAGCAGAAAAUGAAGAUUUUAGAAUACUACAUUUUCUGAGGUUAAAAGUAGGACAUCAUUAAUUUAUUCUUCAUGCAGAGUUUUAUAAAAUUUCUUCAUGUUUGUAGUUUUAUCACUGUACAUAUGCAUUAAAAUACUUAAUUCUCUUUAAUUAUUAUCUCCUAAAUGACCAAACCAUGCCAAAGAACUUAGAGGAAAUAUUUCAGAAUUACUGUAUGGGAGUAGCUUCUUUUGGUAAGUACUUUCAGAAAACCUACCUAGAAGCCAAAAAAUUUACUUCAUGUUGAUUUUUAAUAGCUUAACCCUGGCAUUGUUUGUAGUUUCUAAUUAGAAAAACAUUGUUAUAGUGUGGAUUUCUUUUUAAAAAAAUGGGGAGAGGGGAGAGCUUCAUGUUUUUUGACAAUACAUAAUUUUAAUGAUUUUCUUUUUGAAUUACAUGCCACUACCAUUUCAGAUCUUGUAGACUUUUGAACCUUUUUGUAUUAAUGGUACUCAGAAGAUAUUUAAAUUUACAUUUAUUUUUUCUUGUUUAAGUAGAGCUGAUGUAUAUAAAUACUUUAGCUUCAUUAAUACUAAUUAAAGUUUUGUAUUUAUAAAA